AUGGACCCGGUUCGGCUGCUGCUGGUGAUGCCGAUGCUGCUGAUGAAGUUCUCUAUCAAAACCCAACAGGAUCCAAAAGAAAGCGGAGAAACAGAGAAGGACGAAGGACCGUCCGUCCUCGGCCCUGGUUUAGCUCAUCUGACCUCAGGAAGCAGCAGCGCGUCAGGAACGUUCCCCGACAGUUUCCUCCACGGAACAAGAACCAAACGCUACGCCAUCAACCCGCUGGGACACAAGUGGACCCACCACAACAUCACAUACAGGAUCACCAGGUUCCCCAGCACCUUGAACGUGGAGGACACCAGGAAGGCCAUUAGCAUCGCCUUCACCAAGUGGAGCGACGUGUCUCCUCUGACCUUCAUCGAGGUCCCAGAAGGAAACAACUCGGUGGACAUCACCAUCGGCUUCCACACCUUCAACCACACUGACUGCUGGUGGUCUCCUCUCCACCCGUGUUUCGACGGUCUAAACGGAGAGCUGGCCCACGCCUUCCUGCCGCCACGAGGAGAAAUUCACUUUGACAACCACGAGUUCUGGAUUCUGGGCAAGUCCAGAUUCAGCUGGAAACAGGGGGUGUGGCUCAACGACCUGGUCCAAGUUGCUGCCCAUGAGAUCGGCCACGCUCUCGGGCUGUGGCACUCCAGAGACCCUGAGGCCCUGAUGCACCCGAACGCCACCUACACCGGCCAGAGGAACGUGGCCCAGGACGACGUGUGGGGCAUUCAGAGGCUUUACGGUUGUCUGGAUAAGAAGCGAGUGUGUGACCCGUGGGCUCGACUUGGCUUCUGUGAGCGGAGGAAGACCUUCAUGAAGAAGAACUGUCCUCAGCGCUGCAGCCUGUGCUUCGCCCAUUUCCUGUCUGACUCCGCAGAACCUCUAGAAGCUGUUACCACGCCGACCCCGUCACCAGCCAACAUCAAAAUCAAGGUGGUUCCACGGGGGAAGGUGGUGGGUUUCCGCUGUGGAACCAAGAACCCUCGAUCUCCCCCCAAAGUCAGCUGGUACAAAGACGGGGAGAAGAUCGUGACCUCCAUCCCCGGGUACAUCGUCAUGAAGGACCGAGACCUUCGCAUCGUGGCCAACGAGUUCAACGAGGGCGUCUACACCUGCCGCGUCCACCGCCAGGGCGACGCCGUCUCCGCCAACUCCUGGGCGAUCCGCCUGAAGCCGGGGCGGCCGUCCAACAGCUGAGGCAAAGCGGAACCGCCCGCUGAGAACAGAUCUGCGCGGGUGCAGAGGAUCACACGGGUCUUUGGCACCACAGAACUCUCCAGGUGUCCCUCGGGUUCAAAGCGGGCCCACCUGAGACCCGGCCGUGGCAGCUCUACUGUGGGAGCCUGUUCCCGUGUUCCCCGUCCUCCCGUGGAACCUCCUGAACCUGUGUUCCACAUUUGGACUGGCAACAUUUUUGGCUGAAGACGAACAAACACAGAAUAUUAUGCUCAAAUGUUUUUGAUAAAUCUUCCCAGGGAUUUCAGAUGCUUUUUGAAAAAAAGGUUCUGAACCCAAAAGUCUAAUUGGAUCUCACAUCUGAUCCUAAAGAUCAGCAGUUUGUCCCAAUAUUUCAGGUUCUCCUCUUUAUAUUUCUUUUUAUUCAUUAUUUUUGAUAUAUUGAUGUUUGAUCACAUUCUUGUGAACAAGAAUGUGUAACCUUUUAUAAUUCUUCUUCAAACAUUUGAAGAACAGUUUAAUUUUCAGACCGUAUUUAAUCACAUUUAUGCUCGUUUACAUCCAGUUUAGUGUUGAAACAUCGGAACCGGUUCGUAACUGACCGGACUCUGAUAACGUGAGAUAAACAAUUUAAAUGAUUGGAGCAGGGGUUUAAAUAAUAAACAGAAUAAAAUAUAAUUCUGUCCUUUA